AACAUGGGUCUUCAUUUUUCAUAGCGUGAAAUAGGUUCGAUUUGUGUACGUAUCAAACGAAUGAUUAAAAAGGACAAAACAAAUUAAUAGAUAAGCAUUUCAAAAAUUAACCAUUUCAGUUGAGUAUGUGGAACAUUCUGAAAUGGCUAUGACUGAGGUACUGUUCGAAAAACAACCCAAGAAAAAGAAAUGGUGGAAAACGAAUCGUGGUUUGAUUAUAAUAUUAUUAGUGCUGAUUUGCGGGGUGUUGGGUUCAUAUAUUUAUUAUCUCAGAAUAAAAGCCGAUACAGGUGAUAUAUGCACUACAACAGAAUGUAUGAGAGCAUCGGUAGCAAUUAUUUCAUCGAUAGACCAAUCAGUUAACCCUUGUGACGAUUUCUAUAGUUUCUCAUGUGGAAAUUUCAUCAAAGAAGCAUAUGAAACAAGAAACCCUUUUCCUCAUCUUGCCCAGCAACUCAGAAGAAACAACCAAAUCAACGGUAUUAUCGCCUCCCCAAUUACAGGAGAUGAACAGACACCAUUACUGCUCCAAAAAACCUUCUAUCAGUCUUGUAUGAACGUAUCAACCAUAGAUGAGGACAAUAACAGGACAUUCAUGAAGAUAAUAGAGGAACUUGGAGGGUGGCCAGUCAUCAAGGGCCAGGAAUGGGAUUUUGAAAUUUUUGAGCUCGAUACCAUGAUGGUGAAAUGUAAAGAACUUGGACUGCCAUUCCAAUGGUUUUUUACAAUAACUCCUAUUGAUCAAAUCAAUCACAUAAAGAUUGGUAUCCCUUCUAUAGACUCACACUUUGAAGAUCCCUUUAAAGAAGCUGUUUAUUUUGAACUGAUGGUCGAGACAGCUGUCACAAUGGGAGGAUCUAGGUCCAUAGCCAAAAUCGAGCUGGAGAAAGUUCUGGAUUUUGAAAGAAAUCUAGUUCAGAUAUUUAAAAAGUACGAUUUUUCCGAAAACACCGUCACCAAUUAUGACGACUUGACGCUAAUUUUUUCCAAUAACGACUUUUCGUUGCUAAUCGAAGAACUGAUAGAUGAAGAGUUUCUCUUCACGGAUAAUACUACUAUGAUGGUAAAUGAGAAUAUUAUGAAAGAAUUGAAUUUGCUGCUGGCAGGAACGUCUAGAAGGACUUCUGCCAAUUUUUUCAUUUGGAAAAUCAUUCAGGAUUUCGGGGUACUUCUGGCAACGCCUAUUAGAGAAAAUUUUGGAAAUUUUUCCACUUUCAUGACAAAAAGUAGAGUCAUGACUCGAUCACAAAUAUGUUCCGAAGAAUCUAAAAAAAGAUUUCCAAACAUCGCAGAAGCAUCCUAUAUCAAAAAAUAUGUUAACGAUGAAACUGUUCAAGAAAUAAAAACAAUGAUAAGUAAUAUCAAAAAUAGGUUUGUUGCACGAAUUAAUGGGGCAGACUGGAUUUCCAAAGGUUCUAAAGUAUUAGCAACUGAAAAAAUUAAAAAUGUUACAGAAAUAAUUGGCGAUCAAAAUCUACAGUUUGACAGUGACUUGCUAGAUGAGUUACUAGAUAAUGAAAACUUGACUUUUACCUCAAGUAACAUAAUCCAUAUGGCCAGAGAGAAAAAUAUCAAUGAUUUUCGCAUAAAAUUUAUGGGAAAAAUCACAACAGAUGAAUUACUAACUCAGUUUAUCUUCAAGACUACGACAGAAGUUAAUGCUGGCUUCAUUGAUCCGGCUAAUGUUAUCGUUAUUUCUGCAGCGUUCAUUCAAGAUAUCUUCUAUAGUAAACAGAGACCAAAUUAUUUGAAUUAUGGAAGCUUAGGCAUGAUCAUAGGACACGAAUUAGCCCACGGGCUUGAACGAGAUGCCAAAGUUCAAAUUCCGGAAGGAAAACAGAAAUUUAUGGAGUCUCAGUAUAACGAAACUGUGAACGAAGAAUAUUUCAUGUUCAUGCUCAACUCAACUAGUCUGUGGGACAAUGAAACUUUGGAUGAAAUAGUUGCUAGAUCGACAUGCCUUGAUGACCAGUACAUAGAAUUUCUGGAUGAGGAAAACGACGAUGUUGAGGAAAGUCUUCACAAUGAAAACUUUGCCGAUCUGAUAGGUAUUGACAUUGCCUACGAAGCAUAUCAUGAUUGGUGGAAAAUUCACGGAAAUGAAGAGAAAGCUUUGCCCGGCUUGACCUACACCCCUAAACAGAUGUUUUGGAUACAAUUCGCAACUAAUUUCUGCUAUGAAAAAAUAAUUGCUGAAGAAUACGAUAUCCUCAACCGAAAUCACGCCUCGUUUAACUACAGAGUAUUAUCGCCUCUGAAAAACUCGCGAUACUUUCCAUUAGAUUUCAAAUGUUCUCCUGGUACGAAUAUGAAUUCAGUAGAGAAAUGUUUCAUUUUCUAAUGUUUUUUUCUAGUUUUUGGUCGAUAUUGUUAUCUAUUAUUAUCAAUUACUUCAAAAUCAAUGUACAAAUUGUUAAGUUGAAAAUAAACUUUUUUUAAUAAU